AUUUUCCCACGUCUAAAAUCCGUUGAAAUUUUGUUCAUAGUUCAAAAUUUGCUAGGGGGAAUAGAUCGUGACUACUUUAAUAAACCAAAUAUUACUUUUUAUUUCAUUAAACUUUAUAAUAAAAUAUCAAAAUGUUUUGGGGUCUUAUUAUGGAGCCGCAAAGGCGGUACUUACAUGUUGUCAAGAAAGCAUUCCACAUUUCAAUGGCAGCACUAGACGUAGGUACAUCAUCGGAUGAACCAGCCCAAGUUAUGUGCAGUUUUGAAGGAAGAAACUAUCUUUUAUGUACCCUUAGUAAAACUGCUUUACAAUGCCCUUUGGAUUUAAAUUUUGAGGUCGGAGAUGAAAUAGCAUUAACCACAAAUGGAAAGUGUCACAUACAUCUAACAGGUUAUUUCAUUGAAGAGUCAAAUGAUAUCUUAGGAGAAGAGGAAGAAGAGGAGGAGGUUGAAGAAGAAAUUGUGGAGAAAGAAGUCAAGAAGAAGAAUAAAAAACGGAAUAAACAAGAGAUAAAUGGGCCUUCUCCGAAGAAACAAAAAAAGGAACAGAAACAAGAGGAAUCAGAUGAGGAUGAUGAUAGCGACAUGGAUGUUAAUGAUCUCCUAGAAAAUACCUUGGAUAGUGACGAUGAUGAUGAAUCCUUCAAUGGAGAAGAAAAUGAGGAGGAGGAAGAAAGUGGCGAUGGCGAUGGAGGUGAAGAAGAAGAGGAGGAUGACUCUGGCGAUGAUGAGGAUCAAGAACAAUGGGAAACUGAUGAUAGUGAAGAAGAAGUAGAAGACACAAAAAAACCAAAACUCAAUGGUCACGUUAAAAAACAAGAACAACCAGCACCAAAACAGAAAGAUAAGAAAAACAAAAAACAGCAAAAUAAAGAAGAAAAAAGUUCACCGACUAAAGAAAGUCAGUCACCCAAAAAAGAGUCACCAAAGAAGGUUGUUCAAGGUGGAAUGAUCAUAGAAGAUUUAAAGGAAGGACAAGGUCCACCAGCUAAAAGUGGCAGAUUUAUUACUGUAUACUAUGAAGGAAGACUGAAGAGCAACAACAAGGUUUUUGAUUCACAUAAGCAAGGUCAAGGCUUUGGUUUUAAGUUAGGUUCUGGAGAAGUCAUAAAAGGAUGGGAUGUGGGUCUAGUAGGAAUGAAACUUGGAGGAAAGAGGCGAAUUACUUGUCCACCCCACAUGGCAUACGGCGUUAAAGGAUCUCCUCCAGCUAUUCCAGGAAAUUCGACACUUGUUUUUGAAGUAGAAUUAAAGAAAAUUCGUUGAUUUGCAUAAGAUAUGUGAAUAUAUUUUUUUUGUACAAUAUUUACAUCAUGCUCAUAUUGUCAUAGUUUAGUGUAAGAAACCAGUUUAAUGGGAAAUUUUUCCAAUUUUGCAGAGCGGGCAUAAAAUCGAAUCAAAUUAUUUUCAUCAGACAUUUUUUACAUUUAAAAAAAUGAUUUUUUAUAUUCUCAUUAUACAUUAUAUUUUUACUAGAACAGAAAUGGUUUCUUAUCAGCACACUAUAUAUAACAAGGUGCGAAACUUAUUAAACUUUUGUUAUUAUUAUUCCACUCUAUUUUGUUUACUUUUAAACGGUUAUUAUUAGUGUGUAUUACUACAUGUAUCUUUCUUAUUUAGUUUACUUAGUUAUCAGACAUAAAUAUCGAGGAUACAUAAUAUGAAUUUGCCGAUGCAUCUGUUUUUAAAAUUGUUAAAGUUACUCAGUUUCCAGUGCAUUUCCUCGAUAUUUAUGUUGCCAUGUUUUGUAAUACAUGUAUUUUUUAAUA